CGGUUGCGCGCUGAGGGGAGGGGGGGGGGGAGAAGGCGGCGGCGGCCUAUGACGAGCUGAGGGUCGAGCUCCUCUUGCUCUCCUUCCUUCCUUCAGCCGAGGAGAGACCAUGCUGCGGGCCUGUCAGCGCGCGGGGAGCACCGCGGCUCAGAGUUGUCUGUGUGGAAAAAGUUCACUCCGUCCUUUACGUCUAUAUCGUGGAUAUUCAACAUCUGGAGAAUCUGGUGUCUCUGCAGGCAAAAUUAUUGGUGCCAGUGUUUUGUUUGUUGGUGGAGGAGUAGGUGGAACAAUUUUAUAUGCUAACUAUGAUCCACGCUUUCGGGAAAAUGUGGAGAAGACCAUCCCUUAUUCCAAUAACGUCUUUGAAAUGGUGCUGGGUCCUCCUCCUUACAGUAUUCCAACACCAAAGAAACCGAUACAACCAGGUCCACUAAAAAUUUCCUCUGUAGCAGAGGUAAUGAAAGAAUCUAAACAACCUGCUAUCAAAUCUCAAAAGAGUAAAACAGAGGUACCUUCAGCUGCUAGUGAAGAUAAAAAAGCCCACUCUGAGGUCGCACAGAUAAUCUCAGCAACAGGUGAAGCUGUGUCAGUUCCAGCUCCAGGGAUACAGGAAAAGGAUCAAAGCAAAACCCGUGCUCAUCCUGAAGAAAAACACAAGCCUUCCGACUUAGGGAAAGAACAAAUGCACAAAGAUUUACCUGUUGUAAAAGAGAGGCCACCUGAAGAGGUUGCAGCGCGUCUUGCACAACAAGAUAAAGAGGAACAAGCAAAAAUUUCAGCACUUGCAUCUACCUUGGAAAGUGCUCUGAAUAAUACUGCACGUGUCACUUUGCAAGCAAUUACACUCCAGGAAGCCGCUGUGCAAGCUGUUAACCUUCAUGCUCAGAAACUAAAAGAGGCCAUGGAUGAAUCUGAGGUUCCAAGUGACAGAAAGGCAACUCAGUGGCGAACAUUGGAGGAAGCACUGAAGGAUCGGAGGAAAGCUGUGGAUGAAGCUGCCGAUGUCCUUUUAAAAGCCAAAGAAGAACUGGAAAAAAUGAAAGGGGUGAUUGAUGGUGCCAAGAAGUCACAGAUUUCAGGGACCAAACCACAUAUUUUGGCUGCAGAAGAGAGCCUUCAUCAUAUGAUAGUUGACCUGGACAGUGUGGUCAAAAAGGUCCAGGCUGCUCAGUCAGAGGCUAAAAUUGUAACUCAGUACCAUGAACUAGUAGCUAAAGCAAGAGAUGAAUUUCAGAAGGAGCUUGAUAGCGUUACUCCAGAAGUUCAGCCUGGUUGGAAAGGUCUCAAGAUAACUGAUCUAGCUGGCAAGCUGACCACAGAUGACUUGAACUCUCUCAUUGCUCAUGCUCAUCGACGUAUAGACCAGCUAAAUAAAGAGCUGGUGGAAUUGAGAGUCCGCGAAAAGCAACACAUUGAGGUAGCCCUGGAAAAACAGAAACUGGAAGACAAAAAAGCUUUUGAAUCAGCUGUGGCAAAGGCACUAGAGCAUCAUAAGAACGAAAUCCAGAUUGAACAGGAAAAGAAGGUUGAAGAAGCCCAAGCAGUUAUGGAGGGUGAAAUGAGAACUCAGCUCCGUCGACAGGCUGCUGCACAUACUGAUCAUCUAAGAGAUGUUCUCCGGAUUCAAGAGCAGGAACUCAAGCUAGAGUUUGAGCAGGGAUUGGCAGAGAAACUUAGUGAACAAGAAUUGCAAUAUAAGCGACUCACUCAGGAACAACUUGACAACUUCACUCUGGACAUCAACACAGCCUAUGCCAGGCUAAGGGGGAUUGAGCAGGCAGUUGAAAGUCACUCAGUUGCUGAGGAAGAAGCCAGGAAGGCCCAUCAACUGUGGCUUUCAGUUGACGCUCUAAAGCAAAGCUUGAAAACGGCCUCUGGAGACAGCCCCACUGAGCCCUUGGAGGGUGCCGUAGAAGCCAUCAAAGCCAGCUGUUCUGACAACACCUUCACCAAAGCCUUAACGGCUGCCCUUCCCCAGGAAUCACUCAACCGUGGGGUGUACACAGAAGAGGCCCUGAGAGCACGGUUCCAUAAUGUCCAAAAGCUGGCUAAGAGAGUGGCAUUGAUAGAUGAAACAAGAAAUAGCUUGUACCAGUACUUCUUGUCGUACCUGCAGUCCCUCCUCUUGUUUCACCCUCAGCAGCUGAAGCCACCUGCAGAGCUUGGCCCUGAAGACCUGGACACCUUUAAGUUGCUUUCUUACGCAUCCUAUUGCAUUGAGCAUGGCGAUCUAGAAUUGGCAGCUAAAUUUGUCAAUCAGCUGAGAGGAGAAUCCAGGAGAGUGUCACAGGACUGGUUAAAUGAAGCACGGAUGACCUUAGAGACAAAACAAGUGGUGGAUAUCCUCACUGCCUAUGCCAGCGCUGUGGGGCUGGGGACAACUCAGGUGGACUGAAAUGGGCCAGGCAUGCAAGACAAUUCAGAAUUAAUCAAAUGGAAAGCAAGAUUUAUAACAGUUUUGGAGGGAAAAGAAUAGAGAGGCCAGGCCUGAAGCGUUUCCAAAUCACACCAGAGCCUUGGUGUCACUGGACACGUGGUAUUCUGUCUCCUAUUACACUUACCACCUAUACCUGUUGCAUUUGUAUCCCUUUUAUCUUCAGCCAUUUAUCAUGUCUGGAUUUUGAGUUUUUUUGGUGCAACUUAUAACAAAAUUUAAGUUUCCGGGUAUCACUGAUCAGGCUUGCGAGUCAACCAAAAUAAUGUUUAUAACCUCUAUUACUGAUUUGGCACUUGAUCUAAUUAAAAUAAAAAGUGUUUUAAAAAGGA